AUGCCCCCCGAGGGGUUGGUGGCUGUGGCUCUGGUCCUUAUUGGCCUGGGCUUUCUGGCCUGCUGCUUUUGGGCAAGAAGGCUGGAGGUGCCUGGAGACUGGGGAGAGGAAGAAGAGGGGAUCCCCUUCAUCGCCAAGGAUGGCUCAGAGUGCUGCCGGCUGUUCUGCAAGCCCUCAGCACUGGCCCAGCACCUGGUACGGGGCUUGGGGCGGUCCGUGGUGCUGUGGGGGGGCUGCUGGCUGUGGCCAAACUGGCCCCAGCUCCAGAUGCUGCAGCAGCUCCUGCAGCUGCCCAAGCCAGAGCCAGCAGUGGCUCGGGAGUUCUUACAACUGUCUGAUGCUGGACUGGUGGCCCUGGACUGGCUGGUUGGGCCACAGGGGGCUGGGAGUGACAAUGGUGGGGGGGGCCCAAGCUCGGUGCUGCUGCUUAUCCCCAAUGCUGCUGGGAAGGUGACUGGUGGGCUCCUGCAGCUGGGGCUGCAGGCACUGGAGCAGGGCUUCAUCCCUGUCAUCUUCAACCGCCGGGGUCACAAUGGCUGCCCCCUCACCACCCCCUGUCUCCAGCCGUUCGGGGACCCUGGGGAUCUGCGGGAGGUGGUGACCUACCUGCACUGCCGGCACCCCACUGCCCCACUUCUGGCUGUCAGUGAGGGCUCAGGCUCAGGGCUGCUGCUCGCCUACCUUGGGGAGAGUGGCUCCUCCAGCCACCUGGCCGCUGCUGCCUGCAUCUCUCCCAUCUUCCGUGGUCGGGACUGGUUUGAGGCCAGGAUGCCCUGGCUCUAUGAGUGGCCGCUGCUGCUGCACCUCAAGCGGGGACUCAGCAGGUAUGUGGGGUCCUUGGCCAAGGUGGUGGACGUAGACAGGCUGCUGGGUAGCCGCUCGCUGCGGGAGCUGGAAGAAGCCCUCUUCUGCUGGACCAAGAGCAACCCCAGCAGCUGGGAGGCCUACUGGGAACACAACGAGCCCCUGCGUGAUGCCGACGAGGCGGCGGUGCCGGUGCUGUGUCUCUGCAGUGCUGAUGACCCUGUCCGCGGCCCCCCGUCCUGCACCCUGCCCUUCGAGCUCUUCCGCAGCAGCCCUUACUUCUUCCUGCUGCUGACCUCGCGUGGAGGACACUGCGGCUUCCCCCAGCAGGGACCAGGACACAGCUGGGGCCACGAGGCCGUGCUGGAGUUCUUCAGGGCCAUGAUGGAGUUCUUGCGGGCAGAGGAACGAAGGAAGGGGCUGCUGCGGUCCCACAGGUUUGGGGGUCCUACUGUCAAGCCCCCCAUUUUCACCUGGCAGAGGUCCUACACCCGGUAG